CUCAAAUACACAAACGGACAAAAAGGCGGGACAAUGCCGGUUAUGCAUUUGUAGCAUCCUAUGCGAUCUUAACUGUCAAACGACUUGCUCGCUCGGAACUUUUGAACCCACAGCCUAUUUUCGUCGGCGCUACACCCGGCCUGCACUGCAGUGGGGCAUCGCCAAUAUCCCUAGCAGCCCCCAUCUCUCACAGCAAACUCGACGCUCACAUUGGCCGGACUUCCCAUGCCCUCGCAAUGCGCCUCAGGAGCACACGGGGCGUCAGAAAGCGCUACGUCGAAGAACCCGUCAUCUUCGACGACGAUGAAGACCCCAUUAUUGUGACCGAGACCCAAACCAAGGACGAUGCCGACUUUGAGGCUCCGUCGGACAGUCCCCAGGCCGACGAGGAUGCCAAAGACGAUGAGGACGAGGCUGAAUUCCCGAGUGAGGAGGAGGAAGAGGAAGUGUCAGACGGCCCAGGAGCCAGUGACCAAAAAGACCAGUCGAGCCAGCCCAAGAGGCACCGCAAUACGGGCGCUGGCAUGAUCCAGAGCCGCAAAGGUUUCCACGACAUUCCCCACUACCCGCUGGAGACGCGCAUCGUCACUCGCGUUUACGCAGGGCCGCUCAGGCGAUAUGCCCGCUACAGUGCCCUCCGGGAUGCCAUGUACGGCCCCGAGUAUGAGCGCAUCAAGGUCAUUUGGGACCUCGAGAUCCGCUGGGCAGACUUUCCGGUCCUGCCCCCAAGGCUUCCCCCAGAAGACCAGCAUGGUGUCGUACCGAGCCCGUGGCUGCCUCCUGGGUUUGAGAAGACCCAGGAAGUUAGGGCCUCCAUCUGGUACAACGACUAUCAGAACAGUAGUCCAGAGGUCCAGCAGUCCCGCGUGCUAAGCCCUGAAGAUGGCCAACGGUUAAUACCCCAGGCCGGAGGCGAUAUCGUCACACUCGUUGGCCCUUGGGACAGGCAGAAACAGUUCACACUCAGCCAAGGCGGUAGUCUGCCGCUCUCGCCAAUAGGCCUCCCGGUCAACGACUCCGACUCGGGCGAGAACACGCCGAGUGGCUGGAUGCUUGAUGUGGGCGGCAUCCCGCUCGCCAUGUCGUGGGCUCCCUUGGCCCGGCAAGAUAUACAGUUGCUCGCUGUGGCGACAGUUCCUUUCUCAGACCAGGCAGUGAGCAGCCGAGACAAGGCAAACACAGACGAAGCAGCACAGUCGGCAGGCUGCAUCCAGCUCUGGGAGUUCGUCCCUGAGAGGCGCCCAGGGCAGCUUGCCGCUCCCUCAAUACACCCGCCAAGAUUGCUUGGUACCAAUUGUUUUGACUGGGGCAGGCCAAAGCGGCUGGAGUUCUGCCCCAUUCCGCAGGAUCAGUUUGGCCUCUACGGGAUCCUUGCCGUUCUUUGCGGCGACGGGACGGCGCGCGUCAUCGAAGUCAGAAAGGCGGAUGAAGCAGACGCCCCUUUUUAUGAAUGGAUCGACUCGCCCGUCGUCACUCUCGGUCUUACCGAAGACUACAACGUUAGCGUCACCUGCCUAAGCUGGGUGAAUACGAACCGCCUCGUCCUGGGCCACUCGGACGGCUCCGUCACGCUGUGGUCCAUUUUCCCGCGCCAGCUGCUGCAGCGCGUCAAUGUUCAUACCACCUACAUUAUCGACAUCUGCUCUGCGUACCCGUCGAACCCUUACCUCGUCGCGUCCGUCCCAGUCGGCGGCUGCGCCACCCUCACAGAUCUGUCCCAGCCGAGCUCCGAGUUUACCUACUUCCCCGUCCCGGCCAUCAGCUUCCAGCCGAACCUGCUGUGUUGGAGCGAACCCUUGCAAGGGUUCAUGGCGCUGUACCCGUCGUCGACGCCCAACACGACCAUCGCCUUUCUCCACUACCGCUACUUCUGCCAGGCCCGCAGCAUGGCCACCGGCCCGAACACACUCAUGUGCGUCUCAGCAGGGGCAACACAUCCCUUCAUCCUGGUCGGUUGCGCAGACGGAUCCAUGUUUGCGUGCAACGCGCUGCAGAAACUCUUCCGGCAAAAGGGCGAGCCACUGCGUAAAUUGAGGGUGUUUGAGCACGAGUAUAGGCCGAUCGAUUCCGAGUCCACGCUUCAGCCGCCCCGUGAGCAAGGCGCUCCGAUGUUGAGGGGCGCAGCGAGGAUCCUGCAGGGGUUUCUCCCAGAGGAGAACGACGAUCCCAGGACGGAGAAGCGGAAAGAGAUGGACAGGAAGAAGCGUGCUGCAAAGAAAAAAGGGGAGGGCAAGAAGAAGAAAGCAGGCGCGGAGGAGGAUGAGUAUGAAGACCGCGAAGCCGAGCUGGACGAGAGGCUUGCAUCUCGGGUGGUCAUCCACGAGCCGCUAACACGGUUGACGACAAUCCAGUGGAAUCCCAACGUGCAGUUCAGCACCUGGGCGGCAUGCGCCAUGGCCUCGGGGUUGAUCAAGGUCAUGGAUCUCGGGGUGGAGUAGCACCUGGCCAUGCGGUGUCCUUCUUUCCUGAUCUCGAGCCAGCGGUCAUCUUCACCAUGGCGAUCCCAGUCUAACAAGUUCCACCAGCCUCUCCGGUGAGCCGAUAGAUGGCAGAAACCUUUUGCUCGAAUUUCGGUUCAGCAACCAAGCAGUCGUUUUGAUACCCUUUGUAUCAUCAAGACAUAAGGUGUCCUCCAAUCAGCAGGGAAUGUCAACACAUCUAUUUGUCUGCGCCCGGCCUCUCUGCUUUCGCCCAACCUCUAUGCUCUCGCCCAACCUCUAUGCUCUCGCCCAACCUCUAUGCUCUCGCCCAACCUCUAUGCUCUCGCCCAGCCUCUAUGCUCUACCCAUCUGACACUGUGCUCCAAGAACACUAUGGUGAAAGUCAAAAG